AUUGUAAAACUAUAUGAUUGGCAAAUUGAUUGUCUUCAACUUCAAGCUGUUAAAGAAAAAAAGAAUUUAAUUUACAGUUUACCAACUGGAGGUGGAAAAACGCUGAUAGCUGAGAUUCUAAUUAUAAAAGAGCUUUUAGUCUACAAUAAAAAUGCCAUUUUUAUUUUACCUUUUAGAGCAAUUGUUCAAGAAAAGGUAACUUCAUUGGCUUCACUUGGACUUGAUCUUGGGUUUUUGGUUGAAGAGUAUGCUGGAAAUAAAGGAAUAUAUCCUCCUACAAAACGUCGUAGAAAGAAGUCUAUUUUUGUUUGCACAAUUGAAAAGGCCUUAGGUCUUAUAAAUAGUUUAAUUGAAGAAAAAAGGAUUUUGGAAAUAGGUUUAGUUGUGAUUGAUGAACUACAUUUCAUUGGGGAGAACAAAAGAGGAGCUUUAUUAGAAAACAUAAUAUUGAAGCUACUUUUUUUCCCUGAUUCUAUUCAAAUAUUGAGUAUGAGUGCUACCAUUGGAAACCUUGAAGAGAUUGCCUGCUUUUUAAAUGCUGAAACCUAUCAGAAAGAUUUUCGGGCUACAGAACUGUCUGAGCAUAUUAAAGUUAAGGAAGAGUUGUUUAUUGUCAACCAUAAAGAGUAUCCUUCUCUAUGUUUAAAAAAAAUGUAUUCUUAUAAUUCAUCCAAGAAUAAUAUUGAUGUGGACGGUAUUGGAAAUUUGGUUGAUGAAGUGGUUCCACAGAAGUCAUGUUUAGUUUUUUGUCAAACUAAAUCAAAUUGUGAAAAUGUGUCAAUUAUGAUUUGUGAAACAUUAUCUAGAAGAAGCAAUUAUGAAUGGAUGACUGCUGAAAAGUCAGCUUUAAUUAAAGCUUUGCGGUCAGAGGGUAAUGGAAUAAUAUGUCCAGUAUUAAAGAAGACUAUUCCUUUUGGUGUUGUUUAUCACCAUUCGGGGUUGACAAAUGCUGAGAGAAAAUUAAUUGAAGAAGCAUUCUUAUCUGGAACUCUCUGCUGUAUCUGCUGUACUUCAACUCUAGCUGCUGGCAUCAACUUACCGGCCCAAAGGGUUAUUAUUCGAUCCCCUUAUGUUGGAAAAUCAUUUAUUACAUUGAGUCAAUAUAGACAAAUGAUUGGGCGAGCAGGAAGAGCAGGCUUGGAAAGUAGUGGUGAAAGCUUUUUAAUUUGUCAGCCAUCAGAUACUGAAAAGGUUGGACACCUAUUAUCUUCAAAAAUGGAAAGAUGUUGUAGCCAAUUGCAAAAUAAUGAUUUUUCUUGUUUCGUAAUGAGUUUAAUAUCUUUGGAACUAAUGGCAGAUAAAAAUUCAAUGAUUGAUGUGAUGAAAAAAUCUCUUUUAUAUAUGCAGUCAAAAUUAUUAGGCAUUAAUAUUGAACAAUAUCUUCAGAAUACUCUUGAUCUACUCAUGUCAAAUGGUGUAAUAGAAAUCCAUAAUGAGAAAUUCAUUUUGCAAAGCUUUGGAAAAGCUGCUGUCAAAGGAAAUCUUCCUUUUGAAGUGGCAAGAGAACUGUAUGAAGAUCUUAAAGAAGCUCAGAAUUCUUUAGUACUUGUUAAUGACCUUCAUUUGCUUUAUUUAGUUACACCUUACUCUGUUCUGGAAGAUCUUAAUCCAACGUUUGAUGUGAUAUGGAAUGUGUUUAGUGAGAUGAAUAGCAAAAAUAUGCAAGUAGCUAGAACUGUGGGAAUCAAUGAGGCUAUAGUCCAUAGAAUUUUGGCUCAACGUUCCAUUAAGACUCUUCCUGAAAAGAUCCUCAAAAGAUUUUUUGUAAGUCUAAUUUUGCACGAAUUAUGGACUGGACAAAAUGUUUGGAGUGUUUCAAAAAAGUAUAAGCUUUCUAGAGGAUUUGUUUAUAAUUUGUUAUCAACAAGCUCUUCAUUUGCUUCUUCUGUUCUCCGUUUUUGUGAAGUUAUGGUAGAAUUAAAAUGUUUUGUUGAUUUACUUGGAAAAUUUCCACAACAACUUGGUUUCUGCUGUUCUCCUGAGUUGUUACCGCUUCUAGAAUUGCCUUCUGUAAACAAGGGACGAGCGAAACUCCUUUUCAAUGCUGGGUUCAAAGAUUUGAGUAUGAUAGCAAAAAGUGAUCCAGAAACAUUAGCCAAAUCUGUUUAUUAUCUCCCUAUAAAACAUGCCAAAAAAAUCAUCGAAGGUGCUAAGUUACUGCAGCUAAUAACAUUUGAAACUCUUCAAGAUGAAGUAGAUAUCUUACGAGAAGGUAUUAAUGUCUCAAUUAGUUAA